AACAGCAACUACUUAAUGCCCUUUGCCCUUUUCUCCUUUUGUUUUGUUGAUCCGCAAAAAUAUUCUCUUUUUGAUUUCAGUUUCCAUUUGUUAAGUGACCACACCUCAUAGCAGCGCUCCUGCAGUUGCAGUAACCAGCAAAUAUGACGAACGCACUGAGCCGCUUUCUGACGCCAGUCGCAUGCACUUGCAAAGACUUCACUCACCCAUGGACAGAUAGUUGUGCGAAUGCAUCGGCAGGCGUAUUGCUUGCAGCGAUACCAUAUAGCUUACGUAUCUACACAAUGGUUUAUGCGCUCUCACUCAUAAUGCGACAUCGCAUACCACGGCUCGGCGAUCUCAAGCGCAACCUGCACGGCAUCAUACAAUCGACCGCCUUCCUCGUCUCCAACGGUUACACAUUUAUUUUGUUCAAUUGCCUGCUGCGUAGACUUAUUGGCCACUAUGUAUGCGCCACAGUUGCCUUCGUGCCCAGCUUCAUAUCCAGCUAUGCAUCGAUACUUAUCGAACGACCUGCACGUCGACCAUUGCUUGCGUUGUAUAUGGCCAACUUGGCCACCGAAUCUAUAUGGAAUAUGGCUGAGGUGCGCGGUUAUGUGCGUUCGAUACCACAAGGACAGACUUUAAUAUUCGGCGUUAGCAUAUCAGCGCUAUUGUAUUUGUAUCGAUUGGGUCUGCAUAAGACCACCUGCAAGGAUUCGCUCUUCAAUGUCUUGCGGUUUUUUGUGGAUAAAAGAGAAGAGGGUCCGGUAGUAGCGAAGGCGGGCGAGGGUGCAGCGACGGCGACGGCGACAGAAGCGUCCGUGAGUGCUGCAUCAACGUCCUCAUCUGCCAAUACUCAACGCUCUCGCGCCCCACUUGACUUUCGGAGUAUAAAUGUACUCGUCCAGAUCUAUAGUCGUUUCUUGGAUGCGGUGAAGAGUAGGCAUCCCUCUUGCCCGCAUCGUGAUAAUUGUUGGCAUUAUGCGCUAAUGGGUGGUCUCAGACCCUUUGUUGGCGGUAUUGGUUUGCAGUUGGCGUUGAGGCUGAUCAUGAAUUUCAAGAAAAUAAUGCAAUUCAAGUUGGACGUGCGUAAGACUAUAUUCAAUAAGGACACACUAAAUUUGGGCAUAUUCCUGGGUUGCUUUUCCUUCUUAUAUAAGGGCGUUUCCUGCACGCUGCGGCACAGUUUUGGACGCGAUGAUCCGCGCUUUGCGAUACCAGCUGGUCUGCUCGCCAGCACAGCUUUCACAAAAUAUCCCGACGUGACAGUGGCGCUCUAUGUUAUGUGGAAAGCACUACAGAUCUGCUACAAUUUGGGCAUCAAAGAAGGGGUUUUGCCCCACGUAUCGAAUUUUACGAUAUUCUUAUACGCUUUCUGUACGGCUAUAGAGUUUCAUGCAGGCAUUCUUGAGCCAAAAACGGUACGACCGAGCUACAUCAAAUUUCUCCAAGGAAUGUCAGGAGAUAGAUUUAAUCGAUUUAACUUGGAACCCUUCAGCAUCUAUGGACAAAAUGCCAGCGAACAAAUGCGAGAAGUUUCCAGAAAACUGAAUAUUAUCAACCAAGCACCGUUGCCUAAAUGUUCACUUGCCUCGUGGAAAUAAUACUAACAUACAUACAUACAUAUAGCGAUGCAAUAUCUAUAAUUACAUAUACAGUGUAUAGAGAAAAGCAGACUUAGAAAGGGUUUAGAGAGAGAUAAUGAAGAAAGCAAAGCCUUUCGCUAAAGUAGCGAUUUAGAAUGAGAAGAAAUGGAAAUGAAAUACAAUUGUGUGAUUCACGAGUCAUUACAGUCAUAAAUUUUAAAACGUUAAAAACGAUGCUGCAUUUGUUAUGAAUCCUUCAAAAAUAAAUUUAACGUUUAUAAAUUUUAUGAAAAUAUCACUAAUUACGACACCUUGCGAAUCACCAAAAUAAUUAGUUAGACAUCGUCGUAGUAAGGCAACGAAGCAGAAGAGCAAGAAAAAUAAUGUAAUAAGUGUAAAGACAUUCUUUAAUGAAUGAUGAAGAAAAGCGUAAUCGAGCAGAGAAUCAGCUAGAGUUUCAAAAAUUUAUUAAAUGAAAAAAAAUAUUGAUAGCAUUAUGAAUAAAAUCAAUUUUUUGUA